GAUGAAGCCUCGCAAAACGCACUUGAAGUCACGCACAGGGUGUGCAACAUGCCGUGCAAGGCGGAUCAAGUGCGAUGAAUCCAAGCCGCAAUGCAUCAAUUGUACUCGACGGCAGGUUCGCUGUGACUUCCUGGGAGCCGCUUCUUCCUCGCAGUCCUCUCCGGGAGAAUCUUCGCAUCAGGUGGCUCGCAUACUGCACGCUCUCUCGGACAGCGAUGCAGACAGUGCUGUCGAACCAGAACCCGAUUCUCUCCUGAGAUUAUUUCCUACAGAUUGCCCGGACUUGUCAAAGCAGGAACGAUUUCUGAUGGCACAUCUGUGUGGAAUCAGUGACAGUCUUGUCGCUGGUGGUAUGGACAAUCUUGAUUUUGGUCUUUCGCUACUACCUGACGCUUGUGCCCUUGCAAGCACGCACCUGGCGUUCCUAACACAGUCUUCGAGUAUCAUUCAUCUAGCAUACUACUACAAGUGCUUGGCACUUCGGGGACUCCGAGAGUCGUUGAGAGUGCUCAACCAGGACAAUGUGGAUGCCAUGCUGGCAGCAUCCUAUCUGUUGAGCUGGCAAGCUUCUCAAAGCCAGGAAUUCAUGCAAAUCAUGAAGGGCGUCGACCUGGUAUGCAGAAUUCUCCCCAAC